GCCGCUUGCUAGACUGGCGUUUGUACGGUCCAAUUAGAGAACAGCAUAGAGCUUGCGUGACCAAUAGCAGUGCAGGAGGCGUGACUUAUUUGUCAGUGUGCGUUCACGUUUCAGACGCUUAGCCCCGCCCCCCGUUCGACUACAGGCAUUUGUAUUGCUGAUGUGUCCGUACUGGAAUAUCGCUGUGUCUUUCCGUGGUUUGCUCAGAAAUAACACAAACACGAUGCGGCCACUAUGAACGCUAUUAGAGUUUUAUCAUCUAAGGUCAAUGGAGGCACCACAAGACAGCCAUCUCUGAGGACAAAGCCAUGAGUAAUGUUUCUCUAUGAGUUAUAAAAAGUUCUUCAUUAUGGGAGAUAAACAGUGAAAGUCAGCCCUUCGAGACGAAAACCCGCGAAGACACCAGUGAAGUUGAAUACAAAGCCACGUCACACCGGUCGAGAUGUUCUCCGCUCUGAAGAAGCUGGUCGGGUCUGAGACCCCUAUCCAGCAGCGGGAGAAGAACAUUCCUGCGGGACUGCAGUCGAUGAAUCAGAGUCUGCAGAGGCGAUUCGCUAAAGGCGUUCAGUACAACAUGAAGAUCGUGAUCCGCGGGGACAGGAACACAGGGAAGAGCACGCUCUGGCAGCGUCUGCAGGGAGGGAAGUUCCAGGAGGAGUACAUCCCUACGCAGGAGAUUCAGGUCACCAGCAUCCACUGGAACUACAAGACUACUGACGAUGUGGUGAAAGUGGAGGUAUGGGACGUCGUAGAUAAAGGCCAAAAAAUCCCUCUUCCUGAAGGUGUAGGCAGGGGGAAAAAGCGAGGAGACACCCUGAAGCUCGAGAAUGAUCCUCAGGAGGCUGAGAAUGAGAUGGCCCUGGAUGCUGAGUUUCUGGACGUUUACAAGAACUGUAACGGGGUCAUCAUGAUGUUCGACAUCACAAAGCAGUGGACCUAUAACUACAUUUUGCGCGAGCUGCCCAGAGUGCCGACCCAUGUGCCGGUGUGUGUGCUGGGGAAUCAUCGGGACAUGGGCGAGCACAGGGUCAUCCUUCCUGAUGACAUCAGAGACUUUAUCAACAGCCUCAACAGGCCACUGGGUUCUUCCUACAUACACUACGCCGAGUCUUCCAUGAAAAACGGCUUUGGACUGAAAUACCUGCAUCGAUUUUUCAACAUUCCUUUCUUGCAGCUUCAGAGAGAAACCCUGUUACGGCAGCUGGAGACCAAUCAACUGGACAUCGACGCCACACUGGAAGAGCUGACAGUCCAGCAGGAGACCGAGGAUCAAAACUAUGAAAUAUUCCUAGAGAUGAUGGAAGCACGUGCUAAAGGCUACAGAUCUCCCGGAGAUGCUAACGGUCAGAGCCCAUCGUCAGGCUCGCAGUCCCCAGUGGUCCCAGCGGGUGCCAGCUCCACAGGCAGCUCCAGCCCUGGCACUCCACAACAACCCCCCAUCAUCGGGCAGAACCCGCAGUUACCCCCCACAUUGCCGUCUGUGGAUGCUCAGAUUCCCGUCACUCUUCCUCCAGCAUCUGCAUCAGUCUCGUCUCCGUCUCCGGCUCAGCAGCCGCAGAAACGCAGCUUCAUCUCCAGAUUGUUCGGCGCAACUUCCACCUCCGAGAUGCCCACUGCUGUCCAAGAGGUGGAGCCAGCAGCUCCCGGAGCCCCGUCCACGGUCCAGAGUGUAGACGACUUCGUUCCAGAUGAACGACUGGAUAAGAGUUUCUUAGACGACAGCGUCCCCUCCAGCACCAAACCCAGCAUGAGCACCCAGGCACAGCCGGCCACCGCGGACAGCGACAGUGAUGGGGAAGGAAGAGGAGGGAACCCCAUGGUCGCAGGGUUUCAGGACGAUCUGGACCCCGAUGAUGCUGCACCCAUGCAGUUGCUCAGAUCCUCAGUCCCAAGCAAAGAUCUUAAUAUCACGUUAUCCAGUGACGACGAAGAGGAUGCAGUUAAACCCGUUGUGGCCAUAGAUGAAGAUCUCGACCUACAGCUGGACGAUUUGAGCUCUCUAACUCUGGAGGACAAACCCAAACCCGUGCCUUCAGUCCAGCCUCAGCUGAUCACAGAGCCUUCGAUCCUCACGCCGAUUCCCGCACUCGUCCCGCACACUCUGCACUCGCACCCGCCCCCGAAACGCGGGAAAGCGAAAGCCACUCCUCCUGCUCAGGGCAACUCGUCCGAUACGGACCCCGAGGCACCUGUUGCUCAGCAGAUGCUCUCGUUUGUCAUGGACGACCCUGAUUUCGAGAGCGAGGAGGAGCAGGAGAAGAAAGAGAAAAAGGAUGACUUCAGUGUCAGGUCUGACCUUCCCGACCUCUCCGACGAAGAACUCGUCCCUGCCGAGCCCCCGAAGUCCUGCGGGCGCUCUUUCAAGCACAAGAACGACACAGACCUUUUCGGCCUGGGCUUCGAGGAGAAAGGCAUCAAGUGCAAAGAGAGCAGCGACGAACAAGAUGAAAAAGAAAGCAAGCACUCCAUGAAAGAAAAGAAGAAAAAGAAGAAAAAGAGUAAAGAGGAUGAAGAGAAGACGAGCAAGAAGAAGAAACACAAGAAGAAAGAGCGCGAGGAGCCGGAAGGAGACGAGAAAGAGAAGGAGAAGAAAAAGAAAAAGUCCCGGAGCAAGAAAGCAGGUGACCUGGACGAUCUGGAGGCCUUCCUGGCCGGGGGAGAAUCGGCGGAAAAGCGGGAAGAGGCAGACUACGAGGCGCUCUAGAGGACGGAGUUUUUUUAUUACCCUGCACUACAGGCCUCGACAUGUCAUUGGCAUUUCAGCAGCGCAGUUCCCCCCUCCCCCUUCCCCCGAGGCCGCCUGUUUACGUGUGUGUGUUUUUUUCUCGAACAGACUUGAGAGUGUUGAUGUUAAAAACGCCGCUCUCAGUCACGUAUCAUUUCCACCACGGAGAAGGGAAGGGGGCGUCCUCUCCUCGCUGCAAUAAAGGUCGAGAAGCCAUCGAGAUCUCCUGCAUCCUGCAUGUAACUUUUUUUUGUUUUGUUUUCUCUCCCACGUUGACGAUUUGAGCGCUUUUCUGCUGUAUCCGUUUGCCUUUUAUUGUUUUCCAUAAUCCACUCCAGAACCAUUAGGCAUCGAUUUAUUCGCUGUUAUUUCGUAGGCAUGUGUCGAUAAUCAGGUUCACGGUGCAUCACAAUAUUCAAGUCUGGCGAUAUUGGUUGAUUGAUUACUGAAUUUUUUUUGCUUUUUUUUUUUUUUUUUGCUGAGAUAGAGAGAGCAGUAUCGAGCAGCACAAAGAUGUCUGCCUUCUGAGGUUUUGGUUUGAAACAGACCAAUCGCACAAUUCUGUCCAUGAACCAUCAACAUCCGCUGCACUAAGCACUCCGACUGGAUAGUUACGUUCAAUUUGCAUAGCGUUACCCAGUGGAAAUAAAAGAUUUCUAAAUAUAAUGUCAGAAUUUUUUUUAUUAUUAUUUAGUUUUGAAUUAAAUACGAUUUAAGUUUAAAUAAUGAAAUAAGAUUUGUUAAAUACGUACGUUACCUGCCUCCCGCCAUGUUAUUUUCCGGUAGAUUAGUUACAAGUUGAUUAAGUCACAAUAAACUCAGAAGUAAAACAUAAACUAAGGUGUGAUAAAAACACGGUCACAGCAUUAAGACCUGAGGUACACCUGAUUGUUUUUUUUUUUGUUUUUUUACACUACUGUGUGGGCAAAAGUUUGUGGACACCUGACCAUAUGAUUAUAUGCUUUUUAAACAUCCCAGUUUCUAUUUGGGGUUAUAAUAACCUCCACUGUUCUGGGAAAAUGUCCCACUAGAUUUUUGUGGAGAUUUAUUGAGACACAAGGGUUUUACUAAUGUCAGGUGGGUGAGGUGAGGACUAAGAAAUAGCUCCCGCUUAGCCUAGCUACCACAAACCCUGGUAUUUUCAGACACAUCAUUGCGAUAAAAACGCGAUAUCGGCACAUGCCUACCCUGUCGUGAGUGCAGUUCUCUCGAAUGUUAGGGCAUGACUUGGCGUUCUUUUCAGUACAUUUAGUUUUUGGUGUAUAAUAUAGGUGACGUGUGCUGUGUACUGUAUUUUGUUGUGCUUGUGAAUACUUUUUCUUUGUUGUUUUUUUUUUUUUUUUUUUUUUUUUCCUCCAAUUUCCAAGAAUUCAUUCUUGUAGCUUUCAUUUUGGAACUUUGCAAGGAUGCGAAUCUCUGCUUCUGGAUCUUAGAAACGUAGGCCGGGUUUUAACGGAACAGUUCAGCCAAAAAUACGUCCAAAAUGAGCUUCUUUCGUUUUGCACCGUAGCCAUCAGGCUAAAGUAGCUAACAAGUAGCACGAUCACACACAAAGUAAUAUAUAUUUUGGAAUAAUGAUAACUCCGCCUUCACAUGUUAGGCCACGCCUUGUAUCGCAGUCAGAUUUUGGCUUCGAGUGACGUCAAAACGUGCUGCGGAAACGAGGAAGAAAGCGUUUGGCCUGGAGAUGUAGCUAUUUUUAUAGAUUAAUCCUGAAUUAAUUGUGUGAUGUAGCUAGAAGUAGCUAAACGCUUCUCUUUUUUUUUGUUUUUUUUUUUGUUAGCAACUUGAGUGCAAAACGAAAGAAACUAAACUUGAACAGUUCUUGGAUAAUCAAGUGUGUACAUUUUUGGCUGAACAACUCUCAGAAUUCACUCAGCUCUCAGGUUGAUCGCCAGUCUGAAAUAUCCGUGGAGGUUUUCAGACAUCCAGGUCACAUUAAUCUCCAUAUAGUGAAUCAACUAAUCAGUGGAGAAAUUUCCUUUACUCCUCACGGCAAGAUUUUGAUGCGGAUGCAUAACGCUUGCGAUUUGACAUUUGAUUUGACUUUUUCGUUUUCUAUUCACCUCAGUUGUCGUCGAUCAGCCAGGAUGUGUUUGGUGCAUUUAGUUUUAUUUUAAAGCGAACCGAAGUCCAAUUUUUCCCCCCAAAAUAGAUGUUUGUAGAUAAAUUUUGGAUGCAUUUAUAUAAAUCCGUUAAUUUUUAGUAUAAUUUCGACAGCUAUAUUUUGAAAACCGAGCUUGUAUGGGUGGUUUGGGUUAUUUUGGAUUCUCCAACAUGCAGAAUUGUCGUCACUGUGGUUUCAGAGAUUACGAAGACAUUACGCUGCACAUCCUGAUUUAUUUCAAGGGAAUAGCCAUAAAAAUGUGGCUAUACGUAACAGAGCUGCGUUUAGAGAUUAAUUCUGUGAUGACUGAAACAAAGUUGAUUAAAUGAUAGUCUUAAAUCAAAAAUUGGGGUAUUACAAUUAAAUAAAAUCCUGCUUGUUUUUAAGGACAGUUUCCACAUAUCUGGCGCCCACAGACAUCACAUCCUGCGUUGUUCCUAUAUAGAGGAUAAACGCGAUGUCCACUAGAUGGCACUGCUGUCUAUCAGGAUUCCCAGGUUUAUUUUGUUUUAAAAACCCUCAUCGUGAUGUUACUCAUUUAAAAAAUCCUGAAGACUGGAACUCCAAGAUCCAACACUAACCCCAGUCCAGAUUAUCUAUUAUAGUAUUUAUUUUUAUUUUAUUUUUUUUUUAUAAAUGACACUGUAUAAACUUCCUGCAUUCACAUCUUUGAUUAUAGAUUUAUCGUAAAGUUAUUUUUUGACCUUUACCUAAUCAGAGCCCCAGACACCAAACACAUCUCGGGCGAUCAACUACAUUUGAGGUAAAAGAGGUUCAUUUUUCACCAAACACACCUCGGCAGCUGCUUCAAACAAGGUCUUAAAGGUCUUAAUGGAUAAAUAAUGAGCAUGUAGGUAGAAAGUUAGUAUGAAAAAUAAAAUAAAAUGCGUUUUUUCCAAAGACAUUCCCAUUCCAGAUGAUGAUGUGAUGCUGUUCUGAUGACUUUUGCUUUUCUCUGAUAUUUUUUUCCCCCCAGAUACAUUAUGCAUUGCAGAUGACCAGUAGAAACACCAUGUAUUAUUAUUAUUAUUAUUAUUAUUAUUAUUAUUAUUAUUAUUGCUUUAUUCCCUUAAUGCUUGAGACCAAACUCUGUUAAGUGCAAUGAACCUCUUUUUUCCCCCCUCACAUUUCUUUGCCACCUUUCUUUCAUUCUUUCUUUCGUUCUUUCUUUCUUUCUCCCCCCAGCCCUCCCACCCCCCAGUUGCUUUUUGAUUGCUGUGUACAGCAGUUCAAGAGACUUGAGAGUGAAAACUGUGCAACUCCAUGUUCAUAUAGCUGUAAUGAGCUCUGUUUGAAUGUCUGUCUCUGUUUGGAGCUCGGAUCUGAGAUUCUGAUCAAAAAUUUACCACACACACACACACACACACACACACAAACGCAAGUUGCUAUGGCUUUCGUAAGAAAUGAAUCGCACUUUUGUACAGACCCACACACUCACUAUUGGCUUCCUCUCUGACUUCAUACAACUUUAAACUGUGUGUGAUAAUGAAACACAAAUAUAGCACGGACCUUUCAUCA